GAGAGAAACAAGGGGUUCAUGCCGGUAGAUGAACUUACAGGUACCGACAUCAUCGACUGCAUGAGUACAGCUUCACCAACACGGAGACAGCAAUAACCUCAUGGCCUCAACAGUAGGAGCAGCCGCUUCCUCUUUUGUCGAAGCGGCUGCUCACCAUGCUGUUAACGCCAUUCAUCUGGAGGGAAGGGCCAGUGGCACCACCGUGCAGGUGAUUCCAGAUCACAGGUCGAGGGUGGCCCUAGUGAACUUUAGUUGCUGGUUCCUGACUUCUUUCGCCACCUUGUUUUUGGGGUUGCGCAUCUACUGCAAGAGAUACCGAGGACGUGGAUUGUGGUGGGAUGAUUAUGUUUUGAUUCUAUCAUGGAUCUCCCUAACCACCUCCUCAGCACUCAUCUCCUACUCCACCACCCUCGGCUUCGGCCUCCCCACCUCCCUCUUCAACCCCACCAACUCCAUCCCCUUUCUCAACCACUACCUCCUCGUCACCAACUUCGCCGGCACUUUUAGCAUCCUCGCCGCGCUCUGGUCCAAGACCUCCUUCGCCAUCACCGUCCUGCGCAUCGCCCAAGACGACUGGAUCCGUUUUCUCAUCAUCUUCAUCAUGAUCUCCGUCAAUCUAUCGCUCGGCGUCGCCGUCGGCCUCACAUGGGGCCAAUGCGACCCGAUCCCCAAAAUCUGGCAACCUUAUCUGCCAGGGACCUGCAUCGACAAGUCCAUCCAGAUCCACUACAACAUCUUCACGGCUGUCUAUUCGGGCACCAUGGACAUUGUGUUGGCGAUCCUGCCAUGGAAGAUUAUUUGGAUUUUGACCAUGAAUAAGCCGGAAAAGGUGGGCAUCACGGUGGCCAUGUCCAUGGGUGUGUUUGCGGGGGUGGCGUCGAUUAUUAAGGCGAGCGAACUGCCGACGAUUGGAAACUCGAAUUUCACGUUUGAUAGUACGAAUUUGGUGAUUUGGGGCAUUGCCGAGUCGGCGAUUACGAUUGUGGCGGCGAGUAUUCCGAUACUGAGAGCGUUGUUGAAGGAAGCAACAAGAGGAGGGGGGUCCAGAUUGCCGCCGCCGCCGCCGGCCGAGUUUUAUAAUUUGACGAGUUUGGAAAGUGGGAAUCAGCAUGAAGAAGGGCAGGAGGGGGGUGGGAAUACGGAACGGGCGCAAGGGACAACGACGACGACGACGACGACGACGACAACGACGCAAGGGACGGGAGGGACGGGGGGAACAGGGAGUAUGACUGUUACGGGGAGCGAUAAAACAGGACGGAGUAGUAAGAAGAGGGGAUUGUUUGGGAGUUUGAGUACAAGUUUGACGAGGGGGAGUAAAGGGAGUAAUAGGAGCAGAAGUAGUAGUGAUGGAAGGAGAGAUGGGCAGGAGGCUGCAAAUGGACACGGACAUGAUGAUGGGAGGCCGGCGGAGGUGAGCAGACUGAGUAGGUUGAGCAGAGAGUUGAGCGUGGAGACUGCGGAAGGCUUAUCACGAGGGGAUAGUGAUGACACGGUACAUCAACCGAGUGUCAAUGGUGGAAACCAUGGUGGUGGUGGUGUUGGGACGGGACAUGCAGUUACGGACCCGCCACCGACGGGAAGGAGUGUAAACGGACGGGACAUGGAGGUGACAAUCGCGUAUGAUCAGGAUCAGAGGUCACCAACCCGGGAUUCGCACACGCGGAGAAUGUCGGAAUGGCUUGCCUACCAGACCUAUAUCCAGGGGAGCGAUGCCGACUUGGCACAUGUUCAUGCUAUUGUAUGACACCAUGGGGCGGUGACGAUGAUGAUGGGAUCAGGGAGUCAAUGGGAAGGAGGCAAAAUAUCAACAACAAAAAAAGGUGGUUGUCUGUUGUCAGCUUGGUGUUUGGGGUGUUCAACAAUCUGUUGAAUGUAUAUUCAAGGAUACCCGGUGUGUCAAUUCACCACGUUUUCUUUUAUUCCUAUCGUCUACCAUCAUGAUACCAAUAAUGUCCCAAUGACCCA